UAUUUUAAAAAAAGUUGGUAAAGGAGCUUAUGGUGUUGUAUUUAAAGGUAGAUGUAAGAAAAAUAAAAACAUUGUAGCUGUGAAGAAAAUAUUUGGAGCGUUUCAAAAUUGUACAGAUGCUCAAAGAACGUUUAGAGAAAUAAUAUUUUUAUAUGAAUUAAAUGGACAUGAUAAUAUAAUAAAAUUAAUGGAUGUUAUAAAAGCAAAGAAUGAUAAUGAUAUAUAUCUUAUUUUUGAUUUCAUGGAAACCGAUUUACAUGAAGUAAUAAAAGCAGAUUUAUUAGAAGAGAUACAUAAGAAAUAUAUAAUAUAUCAAUUAUUAAGAGCUUUAAAAUAUAUCCAUUCAGGAGGUUUAUUACAUAGAGAUAUUAAACCAUCAAAUAUAUUAGUAAAUUCAGAAUGUCAUAUAAAAGUAGCAGACUUUGGAUUAGCUAGAAGUAUUUCAACACAUGUUAAUGAAAAUAAAGUACCUAUACUAACAGAUUAUGUAGCAACUCGAUGGUAUAGAGCUCCUGAAAUUUUGUUGGGUAGUACGCAUUAUACAGAAGAUGUUGAUAUGUGGUCCUUAGGUUGUAUCAUGGGAGAAUUGUUAUGUGGAAAACCGUUAUUUACAGGAAAUUCUACAAUGAAUCAAUUAGAAAAAAUAAUACAAGUAAUAGGAAAACCGAAUAAAAAGGAUAUAGAAGAUAUUAGAUCACCUUUUGCCGAAAAAAUAAUUUCGUCUUUUGUAGAUUUUAAAAAAAAAAAUUUAAAAGAUAUAUGUUAUAAGGCUUCUAACGAAUCCUUAGAUUUAUUAGAAAAGUUGUUACAGUUUAAUCCGUCUAAAAGGAUAAGCGCAGAAAAUGCACUGAAACAUAAAUAUGUUGAAGAAUUUCAUUCAAUAAUUGAUGAACCUACAUGUAGACACAUUAUUACAAUUCCCAUAAAUGAUAAUACUAAAUAUAGAGUUAAUUUUUAUAGGAAUGUUGUUUAUUUUGUAAUUAUGCGUAGGAAUAAGUUUCACUCUAAUGUAUUGAACCAAGGGGAAAGUAAAAAAGAAGAAAAGAAGGAUCGAUAUUAUAGAAGGGAUAAGGAUAAAAAAAAAUGGAUAUGUGAAAAUAAUAAGUUACAUAUGGAGGAUAAAGAAUAUAAGAAUAAGAUGAUAUUUUCUCAAGGGGAUAAACCUGAAGACAUAAAAGAAGACCAGAAAAAAUAUAAAAUUUGUGAUGAAAUUCAUGUAGAUACAUCAAAACAAAUUGAUUGUAUCAACCUAGAACAGGUGGUUCUUAAUAACAAUGAUGUAUCUUAUGUUGAUAAGAGAAAAAAAACAAAAUGUGAACCAGUAUACAAGGAGAGAGAGAAAAUGAAAAAAGAUAAAAUGAGAAAUGUUUACUGUAAGGAUGGAGAAAGGACAGUUUUUUACGAGGAUAGAAAAAAGGAGAGCAUUACAAAUUUUACGACAGCAACGACGGUUAGUAAAAGUGAUGAUACAGAAAUGGAGAUGAGUCAGAUGGAAAUAAAUGAAAUGGAGUCAAAUGAAAUGAAAGGAAAAAUAAAAGAACAAAUAAAAAAACAAACAAAAGAAAAAACAAAAGAGCAAAUAAAAAAACAAACAAAAAAACAAACAAAAGAACAAACAAAAGAACAAACAAAAGAACAAACAAAAGAACAAACAAAAGAACAAACAAAAAAACAAACAAAAGAACAAACAAAAGAACAAAUAAAAAAACAAACAAAAGAACAAAUAAAAAAACAAACAAAAGAACAAACAAAAGAACAAACAAAAGAACAAACAAAAGAACAAACAAAAGAACAAAUAAAAAAACAAAUAAAAGAACAAAUAAAAGAACAAAUAAAAGAACAAAUUAAGAAGACUCAAAAUAAUAUUAGUAAGAUUUCCAUAGGGAGUAAUACAAUGAGUAGCACUAUCAGUAAAACUGAACCUAAGAGUAGAAACUAUUUUAUUAAUAAGAAAAGUGUUGAAUCUUUUUAUACUAAAGAAAGAAAAAAUAAUGACAUGUUGUUUCAUGCUAAUAAUAAGAAGGUUAUAUUUUUUAAAGACAAAAAUAAGAUUAAAAAUCAUAGUUCAGAAAAAAAAAAAUUUAAAUAUAAAGUAUUUUAUGGUUUUAAGAAAUCAUAUGAAAAAGAACAAAAUGUACAUCAUUAUUUAGAAACCAAAUGUAGUAAGACCCCGUUAGGGAAGAAUUAUUAUCAUAAAAAAUAUGUGGAUGGAAGUAACAAAAAAUAUGUGGAUGGAAGUAACAAAAAAUAUGUGGAUGGAAGUAACAAAAAAUAUGUGGAUGGAAGCAACAAAAAAUAUGUGGACGGAAGUAGUAAAAAAUAUGUGGAUGGAAAUAACAAAAAAUAUGUGGAUAGAAGUAACAAAAAAUAUGUGGAUGGAAAUAACAAAAAAUAUGUGGAGGGAAGUAACAAAAAAUAUGUGGAUGGAUGUAACAAAAAAUAUGUGGAUAGAAGUAACAAAAAAUAUGUAGAUGGAUGUAACAAAAAAUAUGUGGAGGAAAGUAGCAAAAAAUAUAUCCAUAAUUAUAACCAUUUUAAUAAUAAUUACUAUUACUAUAGUCGUAGAGGUUCUUUGAAAAGCGUAAACAAAGAAGAAGAGAACUGUUCCCAAAGAACAUGGAAGAAUACAGAAAAAUUACAUUUACCCCUUGUAGUAAAUAAAAGCACAAAACCAUUGAAUAGUUUAUCACACUAUUAUUAUAAUAAAGACGAAGAAAAUAAAUAUAUGAAUAAUAGUAUGUUAAAAAAAGAAGUGAAGAAAAAAAUAUGGAGACAUCUCAUAGAUAAUGAGAAUAAAAAAAAUCAAGACAUGAAAGAUUAUUAUUAUAAUCCUAUAGUAAAUAAGACAGAAAAGAAUAUUAAGAGGAUAAAUUUUAAAUGUGAUGAGAAAAAGAAAACAGAGGAGAAAUGUGUUUCAAAUACGUAA